AUGAUUAAACCUCAUCAUAUCGAAAGACUGUUAAAACAGUUUGAUAUGGCGACACAAAUUACUUUCGAAUAUAAUUUGGAACUUUGGCGUCAAUACGACACAGCCUCUCCUUUGGAUGGAAUCCUGUUAGCUGGCCCUGAAAGGUCCACAUCGCGUCAGUUGUCAGAGUCAUCUCGAGUUUCGCCUUACCCAUCAAGAUGUUCAACACCAGAUUCUGAACCAAUACGUGUACUAUUGUCCGAUAUUCUUAAUGAAUCGGCAAAGGCUAAAGUAUUAGUAGAAUACUAUAAUAAGUUCCAAAUAUUUAAAGAAGAACAAAGAAACUCUUUAAUAAAUGUGGUAGCUCAUUAUUUUGAAGAUAAGGGCAUUACCAUGUCUUUAGCAGCCAGCUUUGCGAUAGAGAGGGACAUUAUCGAAAAAUUCCCGACUGAGAAACUUGAUUAUUACAGAACAACCAAACGUGGUAAAAUAUAUAACAAAUGGCGUAAUUUAAACUCACAUUUUAAAUGUACGAUGACUGAAAUAAAACCAAAACCAAUUAAAGGACAUAAAGUACAACGCUAUCAGGAAGAAAUUGGUGAACCAGAGCAGGAUGCUGAAACCUGCAUAAGCACUUUAAAAUAUAGUCAUUUAUCUUCUGACGAAUUUGACAGUGUGUGGAAAGCCUGCAGCAAUUUCAGGUUGCAGCAAAUUAAAACCCUGGAAACAACAACUGCUGUACUGGACGCAUGGCCUUUCUACCGACAACCUUCUGGAUUUCGUUUGGUAUAA